GGUCUUACUAAGUUGCCCAGGCUGGCCUCAAACUUGUGAUCCUGCUGCCUCAGCUUCCCAGAGUUGCUGGAAUUAACAGGCGUGUACAACUGUGACUGGCAAUAGUGGUCGAAUUUUAACCCUCAAAUCAUGGUAUAUAUGCCUUGUCUCCUGGGUCUGCGGGAAGCAUAAGUCUGUUGGGACUUGGGAUGAGAAGAAAACAAGAUGUCUUCACAAGAAAACCCAGACACUAAAAAAAGUAUCCUAAACUCUGAAGAGAUAGAACACAAAAUGACCGACAGUGGACUUAGGGAUCCUCCAGAGGACUCUCAGAAGGUUUUGGAAAAUGAUCCAUCAAUAAAUUCUCAGGCACAGGAGACCACAGUGACAGCAAGUGCCAUUGAAGAAGAAGCAGCUCAGACCCCUCACCCUGCCUCUGGUCUUAACGAAGACCACCAAGAGGUAGAGGCAAACGGUCUAGAAAGUGCAGAUACAGAUGAUAAAUCAGAAAGUCCAGAUGAAACAAAUAUUGGGAGCCAUCCAGAGGAUAAAACAGAGCACGAGAACAGCCCCAGUUCUGAGGCUAGCGCUCAAGGGCACCACUUCCCUUCAGAAGGGCUGGGUGAAAAUCCCCAGGAUCCAGAUCCCAGCUGCUCUCCAAGCCAGGAGGUAGGAAGAGCGCCAGCAGGCCUGGGAAGUGCUGCUGAGGAGCCACCUGCUGAAGACUUUCCAGAAGCCCCGAGUCCUGGUCAUUCCAGCGCAGGGCCGGAGGGCCAGGAUUCACUGAGGAGGCGAAGACCUGCCCCAGAGGCUGAAAGUCAUGAGCCAGAAACACAAAUAUUGGAAGAAAAGGAAGAGAUUGCACAGGAUACCACCAUAAGAAAGAUUACUAAAAAGAAUUUUUGGAACUAUGGCUUCUUUCUUGGCUGCCUGGUUAUCGUGGCUUUUGUGUUAAGUUCAGUUAGUAGCUACUAUUCCUCCCCAGUCCAGCAAGUGCCUCCAAAUCCAGCGUUAGAGGCCUUCUUGGCUCAGUUCAGCCAAUUGAAGGACAAAUUCCCGGGCCAGAGUCCCUUCCUGUGGCAGCGAGGACGUAAGUUUCUCCAGAAGCACCUGAAUUCUUCGAACCCCACCGAGCCAGCCACCAUCAUAUUCACAGCAGCUCGAGAGGGAAGAGAAACCCUUAAGUGCCUAAGCCACCAUGUUGCUGAUGCCUAUACCUCUUCCCAGAAAGUCUCUGCCAUUAUGAUUGAUGGGGCGGACAGAGCCAUGAACGACAGCGACACGGUCAAGCUGUGGGUUGACUUGGAGCUGAGCUCUGGAUUUGAGAACGGCCAGAAGGCUGCCGUGGUCCACCACUUUGAAUCCCUCCCUGCAGGCUCCACCUUGAUCUUCUACAAGUAUUGUGAUCAUGAGAACGCGGCCUUUAAAGAUGUGGCACUGGUCCUGACCGUGCUACUGGAGGAAGAAACAUUAGAGGCCACUGUAGGCCCAAGGGAAACCGAAGAAAAAGUGAGGGAUUUACUCUGGGCCAAAUUUACCAACUCUAACACUCCCAGCUCCUUCAACCACAUGGACUCUGACAAACUGAGCGGGCUGUGGAGCCGCAUUUCACACCUGGUGCUGCCCGUCCAGCCCGUGAGGAACAUAGAGGAACAGGGCUGCCUUCUGUCAAGCUAAGCAGGGAGCUGGUAACAGGUUUGCAGAAGAGCUACAGACUGCCCUUCUGUGGAGAGAGGGGGAGGGAGGUGGAGAGAGGGAGGGAACAGCCUGAAAAAACACCAACGAGCCUAGUUUAGAAAACAGCUUUCACUUUUUUACUUUCUGUAAAUUUUUUCUAAUCUAAGCUUUGACAAAGCUAUAAUUGACCUUUUCAAGUAAAUCAGGUUUGAGAUAUAGCAUGAUAUAGAAAUCUGAGGGAUUUUUAAAAUCCCAAAAUAUAACAGAAUCAUUGCACAGAAAGAUAUUAUUCUCAGAGUAACUAUAGAGUGACAUUUGUUUUCUUGAGGGAGACGAAAGAGGCUUUUUAGACUUGGACUGAAUCAGAGUUUGAAGCAGUGAUCAUUUUUAGAAACUUUUCAGUCAUGUUAAAUAUUUUAAAAACUUGCUUUAAUAACCAAGUUGAGGGAUGAUAUUUUAUACUAGUUUGUACUUUUGACUAGUAUGGAAAAAAGGAAAUAAGAAUUCAAACCACCAGAUCCUUAAAUACUCACUUUAUGUAAAGCACUACACCUUUGUUCCGUUAAUGAGCUGAGGUCAAGCAAGCUAUGUUCAAAAAUGUUCUUAAAUAUUGGAAUCAAUGGGAAAUUGCUUGUAAUCAUUGGAAGUGAAGACAUUCCAAUUGGCUAUGUCUUUGCGUCAGCUUUCCCUAAUGAUUUAGAGCAGUGAUUCUUAACACUGGGUCUACCAGGAUCCCUACGCUUUUAUCAGAGCAGUUCUGCUUUUGACAGUUUUAUAUGUUGGGGAUCUCUGUAUGAUUUCAUUGGAACAGUUUCACUGAUAAUGAAGUUUGAAAAUCAAUAAGUGAAAAAACACCUUAGAAUAUAGGAAAUAAGUAGAAAAAAAUAAAGAUUAAAACUUGUGAGCAGGCAGAAGAUGAAAAAUAGGUUUAUUGUAUACUUGUACUAUUUAUGAAAGAGAAAGACCUACAAAUGAGGAUUAGAAUGUAUAAGCUAGAAUUUACUAACAUGUUUCUGAUGCUUUUGUUCAUUCUGUUAAUCAUUUCUGUCUCCCUAAAUGGAAUUUUGUCAUUGUUUAGGAUGAAAGUCUGAGUACCAUUUUCAGAAGAACAGAUUUUAGUAACCAAGUUAAUGGUAGUCUUUAUAUGGGCACAUUGGCAUAACUUCACCAAAGUUUCUUGGCUGUGCUGUGAUGGAGCAUUGUAUACUGCAGCUCAUUUUUAGACAGUUAGAAGCACCAUUAGGGUAAAAAUCGGAGAAAAUGUGGGCUAGGAGUGUAGCUUGGUGGUAGAGUGCUUGCCUAGCAUGUGUGAGGCUUUGGGUUUGAUCCCCAAAACUGCAAAAUAGAAAUGCAAGAGAUGUUAUACUUGGUGAGGAGAGGCAGAAAUGGUAGAGUCUCAGAGGUUUUAAUGACCAAUAUCAAUUGCUGAAUGAUGAUCUGUGAUUGUGAGACAAACUGAGAACAAUGUGUAUGGAGACAGAAGUUGUUGAUCAGCAUUUGAGCUCUUGAAAGCGGAACACUAGUAGAAUGUAGACCUAACAAAAGGUCUAUUCUAUUACAUGGACUAUCACCACAGCCCUGGAAUGUUUUAACUAGACUUUGGCUUCUCUUUGACUGUGAAAGCAUACACAUGUGUAUGUAGUUAAGAAUUCUUGUGAUUGAAGAAUGGAAGGAUUUUAGGAAACACUAAAAAGAUGUAAGGAUCUGUAUUGAUACCAAAAAGAUUACAAAGACAUGGGGAAAAGUUUAUUUGAAUAUCUGCCAGAGGAAAAAAAUGUGUUUUGAGCAAGGCUUUAAGUGUGCUCAGUUGAGUGCAGGGACAUCCCCAAAGGAGUACUGACUUGAAGGAAUCCUCAAUAGAUUUGAGAAAAGACCUGAACACAAAGUUAAACCAUAGUGAAUGUAAUAUCAGGGUCAGUCCAAUAUAAAAUCAGGAAA